UUCAAUUAUCCUUCUGUUUCUUUGUGAAUAGACUUUUUGGAUCAACACCUGUGAUUUGUAUCAUUUUGGCAUUUUGCCUCGUGUCUAAAUAGCUUCAAGGCGGCUGGCCACUUGUCCUUGUGACACCACUUACACGACCCAUACCGUACCACCAACUCACAUCCCACAACCAUGAAGAACCUCUUCUUUCCUCUUACCGCCCUCCUCUUCGGCUCAAGCCUCGCUGCAGAUGUCACAAUCACAGCUCCAGUAUCCAUUCCCUCCAAUGAGCCUGAAUACAAAGAAGGCAAAUCCUUCACAUCUGCCGUUCUAAACAGCACCAACUUCUAUCGCGAGGAACACAACGCAACAGCACUAAAAUGGAACAAAACACUCGAGGGGUUCGCGACAGACUACCUCGACGACAACGAUGACUGUGACUUUGAGCACUCUGGUGGACCCUAUGGUGAGAACCUGGCUAUAGGUUAUCCCAAUGUUACAGCGAGCGUCGAGGCUUGGGGUGAUGAGCGUGAUGAGUACAAUUUCGACAAGGCUAAGUUUAGCAAGAAGACGGGUCACUUCACUCAGCUUGUAUGGAAGGAUACUACGACUGUUGGAUGCGGAAGAAAGCUUUGCGGUGAACGAGGCUGGUUUCUUGUUUGUGAGUACUGGCCCAGGGGUAAUGUCGAGGGUCAGUUCAAGGAAGAGGUUUCGAAAGAGGAGGGCGGUGCCUUUAGUACAAGACCUGGUCUUGGUAUUGCUUUGUUAUCAUUUAUUGGGUAUCUGCUUGUUGUCGUAUAGGCAUAUCAUGUCGUUUUUCAGCGUUGGGUAGGCAUACGAGAUAUAUGAUGGAUGACGGGACUCAUGCUGGGCAUGAGCUAUGUUGGUUACGCUAUUACGAUUCUUUCCCAUCUCAUUAUAGAUUGAUAUAGUUUCUGAUCUUAUAUAUUCCGUCUCUUAUAUUCC